AGCAUUCAGUGUCAAGGUGCUCGAACUGGCGGUCGCUAGCGCUCCAGUGAUAGAAGAAGCUAACGAACUCGAACCCAACCGAUCUUGCCCAGCAUCUGGAGGCUGGAGUUGGAAUUCCUCGCAGAGUUUCGCAUAAGAACGUUUAGCCAAAUCGCACGAGAUUCAGUUGGGCGCUCCACUUUCGACAGUGAGGACGUCGCUCGAGCGGUUCGCGUGGUUUUCGGUUCAUCAAAUCAAAUCAAAUCAAACAAUAAAUUUGUUUUUGAGCAAACAAAUCAAUCGAGUGUGUUGUGCGUGUCCUGUUCCUGAAAAACAGUGAUAAAAAUCCAUCGAGUGACCAAGAUUCUGGAAUACAGCUAACUGAAAUGCAUCUGCGGUCAAUGACAAACAACCGGGGAGUCAGCAUGAUGGCGCUGCUGGGCCUAAUGCUGCUUUUGGUGGACACCAGCUCUUUGGCGGCGGCACGCAAGUUGCCCAAGCGACCGACGGCGGUGAAACCGUUGAAGACAUUUCCGCGCAACAAUGCCACACCGAUUCCGGGAUCGGUGGCAUCGCCAAACGGAAGCGAGCUACCAAAACCGUUGAGCGUUGAGCCAGCGGAAGCGAUUGUCGCAUCGCCACCUGGUUCUGCAGAUUCCUCAGUUGAUUCUGCCCCUCAGUCACCUGCUGCAUCACCAGCUGUAUCACCUGUUGCUGCUUCUGCCGCUGAGACCAAGGCCGAUGAUCUUGGCCUCACUCCCAUGGCAACACCUUCAGCUGGCUCUGCAUCUUCCUCGGUGGACGAGGACUGCGAACCGGAUAUGAUUGGCUUCGAGCUCAUAACAGGGUACGUGCUAUCGGCGCCAUCGAAGCAAUUGGAAACGCUGCCCGGCACCCUCAUGCUGACCGACUGCCUGGAGGCCUGCCAGGCCAAUGAAUCUUGCAGCGCGGUUAAUUACGAGACGGGCCUGUGUGUCAUGUUCCGCAGCACCGCCGAUCAGUUGCCAGGUUCACUUUCCCGCUCCCAGUAUCCCGUGUUCACCGUUUACGCGCAGAAAUCCUGCUUCGGAGUGCGUCCCUGCUCGAAGGCCUGGUGCAUCGAUCGCGUCCAGGGCUACCGACUCCCCGAGCGGGCCAAGGCCAGCCAGAGUGUGGCCACGCGGCGCGACUGCAUCGAGCUGUGCCUGGGCGAGACGGAGUUCACCUGCCGAUCGGCCAACUACUAUGCGCACUCUGGCCUGUGCGAGCUCUCGGACAUGGAUCGCAUUACGCUGUCGGACGAGGCGAAUAUCGCGGCCUACGAUGGCGCCGACUAUCUGGAGAACAACUGCGCCGAGGAGCCGAGCAAGCUGUGCGAGUUCAAGCGCGUAGCGGGUCGCAUUCUCAAGACGGUGGACUCGGUGCACCAGAACGUUCAGACGCUGGACGAGUGCCGCGACCUCUGCCUCACGGCCCCGUUCCGGUGUCAUUCGUACGACUACAACGAGACCGGGGAGCUGGUGUGCCGCCUGUCCCACCACAGCAGGGCCACGCUGACGGAUCUCUCGGAACCGUACCUCUCCAUCGAGGAGGCGGCCACCUACGAGCAGUCCGCCUGCUACAAUGUCUCCAUCGACUGUCGCUCCGGCGAGAUGGUCACCAAGAUCCGCACCUCCAAGCUGUUCGACGGCAAGGUCUACGCCAAGGGAGCCCCGAAAUCCUGUGCCGUGAAUGUGAACAACUCACUGGAGUUCGACCUGAAGAUGCGCUACAACGACCUGGAGUGCAAUGUGCGACAGAGCGCCUAUGGGAGGUAUAUGAACGACAUUGUGAUCCAGCACCACGACAUGAUUGUCACCUCCUCCGAUCUUGGACUGGCCGUAUCCUGCCAAUACGACCUGACCAACAAGACGGUGGUCAACAAUGUGGACCUGGGCGUAACCGGGGAGAUCGAGUCGACGCUGAGCGAGGAAAUCAUCGUCGAUUCGCCGAACGUCAUCAUGAAGAUAACCGCACGUGAUGGCAGCGACAUGAAGAGGAUCGCCGAGGUUGGCGAUCCGCUGGCACUGCGAUUCGAGAUCGUCGACGCCAACAGCCCGUACGAGAUCUUUGUGAGGGAACUGGUGGCCAUGGACGGGACGGACAGCGCCGAAAUCACACUGAUCGACGCCAACGGCUGUCCCACGGACCAGUACAUAAUGAGUGCCAUGCAAAAGCUGGCCAGCAAUCGCAAGGUGCUGCUCUCACAGUUCGACGCCUUCAAGUUCCCCUCCUCGGAGCUGGUGCAGUUCCGCGCCCUGGUCACGCCCUGCAUACCGCGCUGCGAACCGGUUAUUUGCGACAACGAUGAGAACGGCGAGCUCAAGUCGCUGCUGUCCUACGGUCGUCGCAAGCGUUCGGUGCUCAACGGCACUGAUGGCGUUGAGCUGGCCAUUAAGUCGGAACGCCAAAAACGUGAUGUGAGUCAUCAGGCGGCCGGCGAUGAGAACAUUCUGCUGGUGCAAUCGAUACAAAUCACCGAUAAGUUCGCCUUCAAUGGCGCCGAUUCACCAGGAGGUUCGAACUCCGAUGGUCUGGAUGGCCUGGCCAAAUUGCAACUGGACCUGGGCACCAAAUCGGACACUUGCAUAAAUGGCUAUGGCUUCAUAAUUGCCGGGGCUCUGUUCCUGCUGCUCCAGCUGACGGUCAUCGCUGUCUGGGACAAUAUGCAGAAGCGAGCGUUACACAAGCGGUAAGAACGUCAACUCAACGCCAGUGAAUGGCCUUUUAACAAGCCAGUUGGAGAGAACAGAUGAUGGAGGAGGAGAAAAGCAGAAACUAGCAUGAAAUUCUACUUAGCUCAAAACUUAGCACCGCUCAUAAUCUAGUUAGUAGAUGUACGAUCGAGAGAUGGAGAAUGGAAAUGGAGACGCAGACGCCCUUCCCCGGACUUUCCGCCAUAGAGCUGGACUCCUCUGUGAAGGGAUCCCCUAGGAACGAACCGUAGCUUAAUAUUUAUACCUACACCUAUGCGCAUUUAGGCGCCCCCCUCUAUAAGACUUAACUAUACUAUACUGCUUAAGACUCGGAACUUGGAACUUGGAACUCGGAAAGAAAAGCUCCUUAGUUUGUAGUGCGAACGAACCAUUCAAACCUCUCAAGCGAGCUUCGAACUGACAACCAUUGCUCGUUUAAGAGGUUUGACUGUCUACUAAUACUUAAACACCUAACCUAACUUAACUUAAUGCUUAUAUAUGCUAGGCCCAAUCAAAAACACACACAACACACAACAGAAAAUGUAAGAAAAUGUAACAAGAGACAAAACUUCAGAUGCUAUAAAAGGUAAAUAAACGUAUUAGAAAGAUA